AUGUCGCGGGAUCCCAUGGAGAAUCAUGCCGAGAUUCGACAUCACCUGGAGGGGUCAUUCUGCAUGCAGGUAGUAUUUGAUACCAACGCUGGCCACCGUCGCAAGUCCUCGUUUGUCUCUCCUGAUACCCCGCGCCUUGCCCGUCGACACGAAGCACAAACAUCAGACCAGGCAGCAUGCUUCGUGCACUCUCUCCUUGGACAGCCUCGAGAACUGCGGCUCGACCUUAUUGACGAGCGUGGGGAGCCUUCGACGCCGCACGAUGGCCGGCAGACUGAGGAUGGUGGCGACAAUCCCUCGUCCGGGCCCUCGCGGCUCUUGACGAAGAGAGAGCUCUCAGAUAUGGCGUGGAAUGUGCGCGCGUUAUCAAAGAAGCUGGGCAGCUUAAAGCUGAAGCUCAACGUCCAUAGUAUCUUUAUCUUGACGAAGCCGCAGGACCAGAGUUUAGCCCGGUUGACGAGAGAGGUUACGAGGUGGCUCCUCGGACCAGAUCAAAGAGUCCCAUAUACUGUCUACGUGGAGAAGAGGCUGGAGAAUGAUAAGCAGUUCGAUACGGAAACCAUAACUGAAGAGCCGUUGGAGAAACAAAGACUGAAAUAUUGGGAUAACUGCCUCAUCGAGGAUCACCAUCACCUCGUUGACUUUGUGAUAACGCUUGGUGGUGAUGGGACGGUUUUAUACGCAAGUUGGCUCUUCCAACGCGUAGUGCCACCGGUUCUCUCAUUCUCUCUGGGAUCCCUAGGCUUUUUGACCAAGUUCGACUUCGACGACUACAAGGAUACACUACACCGGUCCUUUACCGAGGGCGUCACCGUCAGCUUACGGCUACGGUUUGAAUGCACUGUUAUGCGGAGCAGGCGGCGGUCCUCUGGCCAGCCUCAGAUAGAAAGGGAUCUGGCAGAAGAAUUGAUCGGUGAAGAGUCAGAAGACAACGUCACACAUUCUCCGGAUAGAAUGUUUCAAAUCCUAAAUGAGAUUGUUGUUGACCGUGGGCCAAAUCCGACAAUGUCGUCCCUCGAGAUAUUUGGCGAUGACGAACAUUUCACGUCUGUUCAAGCCGAUGGCGUCUGUGUUGCUACUCCCACAGGCUCUACGGCAUAUAACCUGGCCGCUGGCGGCUCUCUAUCUCACCCUGAAAACCCUGUCAUUCUCCUUACAGCUAUUUGCGCUCACACUCUUAAUUUCCGGCCAAUUAUACUUCCUGAUACUAUAGUGUUACGUAUAGGGGUUCCAUAUGAUGCCCGGACAAGUUCCUGGGCCAGUUUUGAUGGCCGUGAGAGGAUCGAGCUCCAUGCCGGUGACUACGUUACGAUAUCCGCGUCUAGGUUCCCAUUUGCCAAUGUGAUACCUUCCGGCCAGCGUAGUUAUGAGUGGAUACAGAACAUUUCUCGCACGCUGAAUUGGAAUAGCAGGCAUAGACAGCAAAAGCCGUACGAGAGCAAGUACCUGGAGCAAAGUCAGGCUCCUCAGUAG